CUCACUCGAGUGCCUGUGGAGUCGUGUAGCCAGUACGAGACCUGCAGCGAGUGCUUGGGCUCAGGCGACCCUCACUGUGGAUGGUGUGUUCUUCACAACACGUGCACGAGAAAGGAGCGGUGCGAGCGCUCCAGCGAGCCUCGGAGAUUCGCCUCGGAGAUGAAGCAAUGUGUCCGGCUCACCGUGCAUCCCAACAACAUCUCCGUCUCCCAGUACAACGUAUUGCUGGUCUUGGAGACCUACAACGUCCCCGAGCUGUCAGCAGGAGUCAAUUGUACCUUUGAGGACCUUUCGGAGAUGGAUGGCUUGGUGGUGGGCAGUCAGAUCCAGUGCAUCUCACCAGCUGCCAAAGAGGUGCCCCAGAUCAUCACAGAGAACGGAGACCAUCACAUUGUCCAGCUUCAGCUCAAGUCCAAGGAAACGGGUAUGACCUUUGCCAGUACCAGCUUCGUCUUCUACAACUGCAGCGUCCACAACUCGUGUCUGUCAUGUGUGGAGAGCCCGUACCGGUGUCACUGGUGCAAGUACCGCCACGUCUGCACUCAUGACCCCAGCUCCUGCUCCUUCCAGGAAGGACGAGUCAAGCUGCCAGAGGACUGUCCCCAGCUGCUGCAGGCAGAGAAGAUCCUGGUGCCGGUGGAAGUGAUCAAGCCCAUCACGCUGAAGGCCAAGAACCUGCCCCAGCCACAGUCAGGCCAGCGAGGCUAUGAGUGCAUCCUGAACAUCCAAGGCAACGAGCAGCGGGUGCCUGCCUUGAGGUUCAACAGCUCCAGCGUGCAGUGCCAGAACACUUCGUAUUCGUACGAAGGGAUGGAGAUUAACAGCCUGCCGGUGGAGCUGACGGUUGUGUGGAACGGGAAUUUCAACAUUGACAACCCAGCACAGAACAAAGUUCACCUGUACAAGUGUGGGGCCAUGCGGGACAGCUGCGGACUCUGCCUGAAAGCUGACCCAGACUUCGAGUGUGGCUGGUGCGAGGGGCAGAACCAGUGCACGUUGAAGCAGCACUGCCCAGCCCAGGACAGCCAGUGGCUGGAGUUGUCCAGCACCAAGGGCAAGUGCACCAACCCCAAGAUCAUGGAUAUCAAUCCAGUGACGGGCCCUCGUGAAGGAGGGACCAAGGUGACCAUCCGUGGGGAGAAUCUGGGGCUGGAGUUCAGAGAUAUCGCGUCUCACGUCAAAGUGGCCGGAGUGGAGUGCAAACCGCUGGUGGAAGGGUACAUCCCAGCAGAGCAGAUAGUAUGUGAGAUGGGGGAGGCCAAACCUAGCCAGCAUGCCGGAUUUGUGGAAAUCUGUGUGACCGAGUGCAAACCAGAGUUCAUGGCCAGGUCUUCGCAGCUCUACUACUUUAUGACUCUGACGCUCUCUGAUCUCAAGCCGAAGCGGGGACCAGUGUCAGGUGGCACCCAGGUGACAAUUACAGGCAACAACCUCAAUGCGGGCAGCAAUGUCAUCGUGACCUUUGGGCGACAACCGUGCCUCUUCUACAGGAGAUCCACCAAGUACAUCGUUUGUAACACCACUGCCUCAGAUGAAGGCUUUGAGAAGGUGAAGGUGUCCGUGAGAGUGGACAAAGCCAAGAUACGUCAAGAGUUGCAGUAUGAAUAUGUAGAGGAUCCAACCAUCCUGAGGAUCGAACCUGAGUGGAGCAUCUUCAGUGGUAACACACCAAUUGCAGUGUGGGGAACUCACCUAGACCUGAUCCAAAAUCCUCAGAUCCGAGCAAAGCAUGGUGGAAAGGAACACAUCAACAACUGUGAGGUGCAGAACAGUACAGAGAUGACCUGCCAGGCUCCAGCACUGGCUGUUGAUCCCAAUCACCAGUCUGAGCUCGCCGAGCGUCCGGAAGAGUUUGGCUUCAUUCUUGACAACGUGCAGUCCCUGCUAAUUCUCAAUAAAACCAACUUCACCUACUACCCGAAUCCGAUCUUCGAGGUUUUCAAUCCCUCGGGGAUCUUGGAGCUGAAGCCGGGAAGUCCCAUCAUACUGAAGGGCAAGAACUUGAUACCACCAGUGGCAGGAGGGAAUGCCAAGCUGAACUACACUGUUUUGGUUGGUGAGAAGCCCUGUGCAGUGACCGUAUCAGAUGUGCAGCUGCUGUGUGAAUCCCCAAACCUCAUUGGACGGCACAAGGUGAUGGCUCGCGUAGGAGGAAUGGAGUUCUCUCCAGGGAUGGUUUACAUCUCUCCAGACAGCCCUCUCAGCUUGCCAGCUAUCGUCAGCAUUGCGGUGGCCGGUGGCCUGCUCAUCAUCUUCAUCGUGGCUGUGUUGAUCGCAUACAAGCGCAAAUCCAGGGAAAGUGACCUCACCCUCAAGCGUCUGCAGAUGCAGAUGGACAACCUGGAGUCCAGGGUGGCACUGGAGUGCAAAGAAGCCUUUGCAGAGCUACAGACAGAUAUUCACGAGCUGACAAGUGAUCUGGAUGGAGCGGGGAUCCCUUUCCUCGAUUACCGAACCUACACCAUGAGGGUCCUUUUCCCUGGCAUUGAAGAUCAUCCAGUCCUGAGGGAUCUGGAGGUCCCUGGCUAUAGGCAGGAACGGGUGGAGAAAGGCCUGAAGCUCUUUGCCCAGCUCAUCAACAACAAGGUUUUCCUGCUGUCCUUCAUCCGCACGCUGGAGUCCCAGCGCAGCUUCUCCAUGCGGGACCGUGGUAACGUGGCCUCACUGAUCAUGACGGUGCUGCAGAGCAAGCUGGAGUAUGCUACUGAUGUCCUCAAACAGCUCUUGGCUGACCUCAUAGACAAAAAUCUGGAGAGCAAGAACCACCCCAAGCUGCUGCUCCGGAGGACAGAGUCUGUGGCUGAGAAAAUGCUCACUAACUGGUUCACCUUCCUUCUGUACAAGUUCCUCAAGGAGUGUGCUGGCGAACCUCUGUUCUCCCUUUUCUGUGCCAUCAAGCAGCAGAUGGAAAAGGGUCCCAUCGACUCGAUCACUGGGGAGGCCCGGUACUCACUGAGUGAGGACAAGCUUAUCCGACAGCAGAUUGAUUACAAGACACUGGUCCUGAGCUGCGUGAACCCCGACAACGUGAACAGCCCCGAGAUCCCGGUGAAGAUCCUGAACUGUGACACCAUCACACAGGUCAAGGAGAAGAUCCUCGAUGCCAUCUUCAAGAAUGUGCCCUGUUCCCACCGGCCCAAAGCUGCUGAUAUGGACUUGGAGUGGCGGCAAGCAAGCGGUGCCAGGAUGAUCCUUCAGGAUGAAGACAUCACAACCAAGAUUGAGAAUGACUGGAAGAGGCUCAACACGCUGGCACAUUAUCAGGUGCCAGAUGGAUCUGUGGUAGCUUUAGUCUCCAAGCAAGUCACUGCCUACAAUGCAGUCAACAACUCCACGGUCUCCCGAACAUCAGCCAGCAAGUAUG